AUGGCUUCUGAAGAAAACAGAAUCUCAUAUUUGACCAAUUCUGAUGUUCCAACCAAGUCGAUUAGGCCUUCUGCGAAUAAUGAUAAUAAUGGCCAAGAAGAUCAACAAGCUUCUACACAAGAAACCAAAAUUUUAAAGAACGAUGAUAAUUCAACUUGCAUGAUGAACAGAAAAAGAACGUUCGAUAGUGAUAGCAUUUUAGAGGAAACAACCUCUGAAUCCCAUGUUUCAUCACAUGAUUUUGAUGCAACGGUUUUAAAGAAAGUUAACACUCAGACUUAUUCAACCAUAAAUAAAAAUGUCUCACCACCUCAAUUGUCAUCAUUUUCUUUUAAACCAAGUAAUAGAAAGGAACGUAAACUUUAUAAAUUUAUGCAUAAAACAAACACUUCUGAUAAUUCAACAUUUCAACAUGAUUCAUUAACGGAUACAUCACAUUCAUCACAAAAAAAUUCUACUGUUAAAUCUAAACGAAUCCAUUCUGGCCCGUCUAAAGCAACCCGUGGAAGAAAAAAAAAAUCGACACAAGAAGCUUUUUUGUCAAAAAAUACAAAUUUACCAUCAAGCUCAGAUGACUUAUUUUCUGAUAUUCGAGUCUUUUUCAUUCCAAACAAUAUUGAUAAAGUUCGUUUGAGAUUGUUGAAACAAAAAGUAGAAGAAAGGGGUGGAAAAGUCGCCAACGAUAAAUUCGAUUCAUCUGUAACUCAUAUAAUCACUGCUUUGGAAGGACAAAGGGUUUUGGAAAUUUUAGAAAUUAGUGAUAUUCCUCAGGGUGUGUUUAUAGUCGAACCAAAUUGGAUAUCACACUGUCUAAUGAAUGGAAAACUCAUGGAUGUAAGGCCAUACAUUGUACAAACGUGUGAUAUACUAAACACUCAGUCAUUGAAACAAAAAGAUAAAAGAAUUCAUGAAGAUUUAACUGAUGACAAUAACGAAAAUAAAAGAAAUAAUCGUCCAGAAAAGAAACAGAGACAAGACUCCUUGUCACCAAAAAUGCGUUCACCUUCUCCAUCGUCCACUUUACCAGAAGCCAAUGAAUCAAAGACACAAAGUGACGAUCCCUUGUUGGAAAUAAUCGAGGAGACCAAAUGCCUUGCAGAAGCGGGAUUUACAUUGGAUGAUGAUAACGAUGAGUCUCGUGGUAUUCAAGACAAUAAAACGUUUGAUCCAGAAGAUGAAAUUUUUGUGUCAUCAAUGCAAUUCGAAGAAAAUAAUCCGAAUCAAUUGAUAAUUGAUAAACUCAAAGUGUUAUCGAAUCAUUAUCAACGAAUGAAAGAUGAAUGGCGGACUUUAAGUUAUCGAAAAGCGAUCACCGCGAUAAAAAACCAAAAAGAACCAAUUACCUCUUACAAAGAAGCCAUAAAAAUUCCUGGCAUAGGACAUCGUACCGCUGAAAAAAUUGCAGAAAUUAUCAAUACCGGAAAUUUAAAACGAUUACAACAUUUUUCGGAAGGCGACGAAAUAAUUAAGAAAUUCGGUGUAGGCGCGUCUACUGCUAUGAAAUGGUACGCAAAAGGUUACAGAACUUUCGACGAUAUUAUUAAAAAUGUUAAACUAACACACGCCCAACGUAUUGGAAUUGAAUACUUUGAUGAUCUCCAAGAAAGAAUUCCAAGAGAUGAAGUAACUGAAAUCUCAAAACGUGUAAAAGAAGCGGCUUGUAAGGUCGAUCCCGAUUUAUCAUGUACCACCGUUGGAUCUUACAUAAGAGGUCGACCUACCUGCGGAGAUAUUGACAUUUUAGUAACUAAAAAUGGUUUGGACGGGAAAAAAGAUUAUGGCGCCUUUUCAAAAUUGCUCGAUAUUUUACAUGAACAAGGCCUAUUAACGCACGAUCUCACACAACGCGAAGAAACUUCAUCAAAAUAUUUUGGUUUGUGUAGGUUGCCUGGUGGAAAACAUCGUCGGAUAGAUAUGUUCAUUGUGCCAUUUAAUGAACUAGGUGCUGCAUUGUUAUCUUUUACAGGUAACGAUAUAUUUAAUCGAAGUAUAAGGUUGCUUGCGAAGAAAAAGAAAAUGAAUCUAAACCAUCAUGGUUUAUAUAAGAAUGUUUCUCGAGGCCAUAAUACAAAGUUAAAUAAAGGAAUUUUGAUUGCUCAAAGGACUGAAAAAGAAAUAUUUGACGCUUUGGGAGUUCCAUGGCGGUAA